UCUUCUUUUGUCAAGAUCACAUGGCCAAACCACACCAGACCUGCGUUGACAAUGAGCCACACUAGUGGCUGAGCACCGGCCUGCACACAAAUUCAAAAACACCCCUUGGAACUCUGCAUCAAGCAUGGCUUUGACCAAGCUAAGGCACCUCCAGUUUUCUGUCCACGGCUGCCACAACAGGCACGAUGCCCGUCCUCUCAAUGGCACAAGCACCAGGGACAAUAUCACCUCCAGAACAACAUUAAUGACCGUUACUAUAACAACAAACAAGACCAGCUUCAACACCACCAUGAUUCCAGAGGCGGGUAUAGAGGGCUCAGGAAUGGGCAUGGUACUGGUACCCUUUGGCAUCAUCACCAUCAUCGGCUUAGCCGUGGCAAUUAUGCUGUACAUUCGGAAAAGGAAGAGGUUGGAGAAACUGCGGCACCAACUUAUGCCCAUGUAUAACUUUGACCCAGCAGAAGAACAAGAUGACCUGCUGGAACAGGAAUUGCUUGACCACGGCCGGGACGGCAGCCUCACAGGUCCAAUGCCAAGUUUUGAUUAUGGCAUAUUGGUCAAAGCAAAGCAUGACACUCACAACCUCCCAGGGAACGACACAGAGGCCCAGCCGUCUGGUCUUCACAGAUGUAGCCAAAGCUCUCAAUGCCUAACAGUCUUCUUCCAGCUGUUACGUGAGUUCCGUUUGCAGGGUCUGCCGGCCCUGACUAGAUGUGUUGCUCAGGAAGAAAACCAGAGAAAACUGGAGCGAGGCGCUUGGGAACAACUGGAUCUGAGGGGGAAUAUUUACGCUAUGAAACGGCAACGUAUAUGGUGCAUGUUUGAUAAAAGCACAUAUUGGGAAGCAUAAUGUAUGAUCCUGCACUGUUAUCAUUUGACACUCAAACCCAACGUGAUGCACUUUUCUUAAAAAAAUAAAUAAAUAAAAAUCACACCGUGUCAUUGCCGUUAAAAUGUCAGGUCCAUUCCCAGUGAUGGUUCUUUUAUGUUUUUAUAAAAGUGGCCAUGUGCAGUUGUGUUAUAUUAAGCGUGAACACUGGAUGCGUCAGCACCACCAUUCUCAUGUGAACCGUCCCUUUUGUUUCUUCUUUAUUAUACAGAUGUCUUGUGUCUGUGUACAUUAAAACUAUUUAAACCAAAGGUGA